CCUUCCGAAAUGAAACAUCCAUGAAGCCUGCUCGAUUCAGGGUUCAGACGGCUUCGAGCUCAGCAGCAGCAGCAGUCGACGGAUGGGUGCCUCUCGCUCGGGCGUAUAAAUUGCCGGGCCUGACACGGGGAGCUCCGUCGUCAACCGCAGCUCGGCAGCAGCGGCCAGUGUAGCGGAGCGGUCGAGCAGUCGGUGUGCCGUACGUGUGCGGGCGAGCGUGCGUGCACAUGGCGGCGUCGCUGGGACUCGUCGGCCGCGAGGCGUACUACGCCGCCUGCUCCUACCCGCCGACCGCCGGCGCCGCCUCCUCCUCUUACUUGUUCCCUCCCGAGCUCGUGGCGGACAGCGGUGGUGCCGUGAUGGAGCUCCCGCCGCCCGCCGCCAUGGCUGACUUCUGCCUCCCGGAGAUCAUGGGCGCGCGCACGCCCGACUACUACUGCUCGCCGCCGGCGCCGGUGUUCGCCAACGGCGGCGCUGCCGCUGCCGAGAAUGAGAUGAUGAACACGAGCUACGUGGAUUGUGACGGGAGGAUGAUGAUGAUGAGCGGGUCGGCUGGGAGCGGCGGCCGGCCGCCGCCGCGGAUCGGGUUCCGGACGAGGUCGGAGGUGGAUGUCCUGGACGACGGCUUCAAGUGGCGCAAGUACGGCAAGAAGGCGGUCAAGAGCAGCCCCAACCCGAGGAACUACUACCGGUGCUCGGCGGAGGGGUGCGGCGUGAAGAAGCGCGUGGAGCGGGACCGCGACGACCCGCGCUACGUCGUCACCACCUACGACGGCGUCCACAACCACGCCGUGCCCAGCCGCGGCGCCCAGCGGCCUGCGUGCUCGGCGCCCCUGGUGGCGGCGCCGUGGAGCGCGCCCGCCGCUCACUGUGAUCCGUGGGGGACGCAGCUCCAUGCCGCGGCGGCGGGGGCGCACUCGUCGGAGUCGUCGUACUGAUCGGUCACUGCUAGCUUCCUACGCACCACCAUGUAAAAUGUUCAGGAACGUCGAGAUCGAUCCCCGCUUUUUUGGGUUUGUACCAUAUUACCAUAAUAGUUACACAUACACACUGAAUCGUUUUGUCUGAUUCGCUUGACUAUUCCCUUAGGACUGAACAUUACUGAUUCAUGUGUGUACUUAUUACUUGUAUGAUCUUACUCCCUCCAUCUUUUAAAUAUAUGAUGUUUAGGCAA